AUGACGAUGAAUGGUGGAAAUGAUGUCACUGUGCACGCAGUUUUGGUGCCCUUCCCUGCGCAGGGCCACGUGAACGCUCUCAUACAUCUCGCCUAUCUCUUGGCCGCACGAGGUUUUUUCAUCACUUUUGUCAAUACAGAGUGGACUGAGAAACGCAUGUUUGGAAGUAUAGAGCUCAAGUCGCAACUGCACCACUCCAAACCCAAUUUCCGAUUUUUGUCAUUCCCGGACGGCUUACCGCUGGAGCUUGCCCGCACCUCCCACAUGGGCGAAUUAUUUACAACGCUGGCAAAACGUGGACACGUCUUGGAGGCCCUCCUCUGCACUCACACUGGGAAUGACUUUCCUCCCCUCACAUGCAUCGUAUCAGACAGUUCCAUGUCGUGCACCGCAUCAUUGGCCAGAGUCGUCUUUUGGCCUGGUUGUGCCGCUGCCUCUAUUGUUCAGAAAUAUGCUCAUUCUCUCCUUUCCCAGGGCCACAUUCCUGUCAAAGGUAUUCUUCUACUCUACUUUUAA